UAGGACCCAGCGGAGCCUGAAGCGCACAUGGCAGUGUGGCGGCUCCGGCCCUGGAAGGGAUGACAAGUCCGCUUCACUACUCCGACAUCCUCUCGCUCUGCCUCUUCUAUCGCCUUUAUUUUCGGUCAUACCCGGUAGCCCUGCCGCGUCAGCAACAUUUAGCCACCGCAUGCAUUUUGUACGCUUUUCCCCUUCACACCGCGCGCUCGCUCUCACGCCGUCGCGAGGAAAAAGUUUUUUGACAGCUUCCCUUUCGGACUGACAGAGAUGCCGCCGAGUGCGCCUCGGUGAAACUGCUAUGACCUUUGUCUCCAUCCCGUCACCUGUGUGAAGUGUGCGGUGCCGCUGCUGUCCCCCCACCUCCCCACCGCGGACCCCGGCUUCACCUCACGGCUCGCGGGCAUCAUGAGGACCUGGAGGCGGCGGAGGAACUUUGCCUUUCUGCUCUUCGCUCUCCGCGUCUGCUGCGUGUCCACGGCCACGGAGCACGGUGACGGCGGGGUUCACAGUGUGCGGGGGGGAAGCGGUCCAGAUGAGGCUAAACGGCGAGGGGAAGCAACCGAAACAGAGCGUUACGGGACCACGGUGCCUCUGCUGCUGAAGGGCGAGGAGCGUAGACCUUUCUCCCACCUGGCUGCCACGUGUUAUCCUGCGUCACUCAAGCUGCUGGUGCGUGCGGAAGGGGAACAGCUGAUCCUGUUGCUGGAGAAAAAUGAGGGUCUUUUUGCAGGCCAUUACACUGAGACACAUUACCGGGAGGAUGGAAGUUCCGUCACCGGUGCUCACAACUUUACGAAUAACUGCUACUACCACGGGGAGGUGCAGUCGCAUCCCGGCUCUGAUGUCACCGUAAGCACCUGCACAGGCCUCCGAGGCUUCAUCGCACUUGAAAACAAGACAUUUAUCAUCGAGCCGGUGUCCGGACAUGACAAUGGUGCCCACUUCAUCUACCGGGUGGAAGAACUCAAACUGACCCCAGGAGCCUGCGGCCAUGGCUUCAACGCGUCCUCGGUUGCCCCUGAAAACCACAUCCAAAACCCCUUUCAAUCCUUCCACGCGAGGCAUAAGAGGCAUGCUCAGAAGACAACCAAGUACGUCGAGCUGAUCAUCGUGGCAGACAACAGAGAGUUUCAGAAACAGGGGAGGGACGUGGAAAAGGUGAAGCAGAGACUGGCAGAGAUAGCCAAUUACGUGGACAAGUUCUACAGAGCCCUGAACAUCCGCGUGGCUCUGGUGGGUCUGGAGGUGUGGAGUGACUCGGACAAAUGUCCCGUCACCCAGGAUCCCUUCUCCACCCUGCACGAGUUCCUGGAUUGGAGGAAAGUUAAACUGCUGCCCGGGAAGCCGCAUGACAAUGCGCAACUAAUAAGCGGGGUUUACUUCCAGGGCACCACCAUUGGCAUGGCGCCCAUCAUGAGCAUGUGCACAGCUGAGCAGUCUGGCGGCAUCGUCAUGGAUCACUCGGAGAACCCGCUGGGGGCGGCGGUGACUUUGGCCCACGAGCUCGGACACAACUUUGGGAUGAACCACGACACCCCGGAGCGCGGCUGCGGCUGCAGGAUGACCGCCGAUCGCGGCGGCUGCAUCAUGACCCCGUCGACGGGGUAUCCGUUCCCUACAGUCUUCAGUACAUGCAGUAAGAAGGACCUUGCUGCCAGUCUGGAGAAGGGCGUGGGCAUGUGCCUGGACAACAUGCCCGAAGUCAAGGUGCUCUAUGGCGGCCAGAAGUGCGGCAACGGCUACGUGGAGGAGGGGGAAGAGUGCGACUGCGGGGAGCCCGAGGAAUGCAUGAACCCAUGCUGCAAUGCCACCACGUGCACCCUUAAGGGAGACGCCGUGUGCGCGCACGGACAGUGCUGUGAAGAAUGCCGGCUGAAACCGGCCGGCACCUUAUGUCGAGAGUCCAGUAACUCCUGCGACCUGCCCGAGUUCUGUACCGGCGCCAACCCUUACUGCCCAGCCAACGUCUACCUGCAUGACGGGCACGCCUGCCAGAGCGUUGAGGGCUACUGCUACAACGGCAUCUGCCAGACUCACGAGCAGCAAUGCAUCACCCUGUGGGGACCAGGAGCCAAGCCUGCCCCUGGGAUAUGCUUCGAGAGAGUCAACUCUGCAGGAGAUCCUUACGGGAAUUGUGGGAAGGACUCUAAGGGCUCUUUUGCCAAAUGCGAUGCAAGGGAUGCGAAGUGUGGUAAAAUUCAGUGCCAGGGAGGAGCCAAUCGGCCAGUCAUCGGAACGAAUGCUGUUUCCAUCGAAACCAAUAUCCCACUUCAAGAAGGAGGGCGUAUCCUGUGUCGGGGAACGCACGUUUAUCUGGGCGAUGACAUGCCCGAUCCCGGGCUGGUUCUGGCUGGAACAAAGUGUGGAGACGGCACGGUGUGCCUGAAUCGCCAGUGCCAGAAUGUCAGCGUCUUCGGUGUGCACGAGUGCUCUGGAAAGUGCAAUGGACGCGGGGUGUGCAACAACAAGAAGAACUGCCACUGUGAAGCACACAGGGCGCCGCCCUUCUGCGAGGAGACGGGCUUCGGCGGCAGCAUUGACAGCGGGCCGAUGAGACUGGCAGAUGUGCGUGCGUGUGUAUUAAUGUGCGUGUUGUCAUAUGUGGCGUCAGCCGACAGUGUGGUCAUUACCGUGGCGAUCCUGGUCACCCUGGUCAGCCUUCUGGUAACCACCGUCGUCAUCUUUCUGAGGAGGAAGACUCUGCUGCGCCUGCUCUUCACCAAUAAGAAGAGCACCUUGGAGAAGUUCAGAUCCGUGGAGGCCAACAGUCCAACCAGCCCCAUCAGGACUCAGUCCAUCUAUAGGCCGACGCCAAAGCGCAAGCCUCCACCCAAACCCUCCGGAGGCAACAUUUAUAAGCCGUCUUUCAUGAGCGCGGAGCCUCUUCUGCCGCCGCACAACUUCCACUCCCACAGCCUCCGCCGGCUGCCCGUCUACCAGCCGCUGCACAUCAGCCAGCCCAUGCCGGUGUCCCUGAGUGUGGGACAGCCCACGCUGCCUCCCCUCCCGGCCCUGCACAGGGGGCUGCCGGCCCACACGUCCCUCUCACCUCCUCGGGUGACACCUUUUCUCAGUCUGCCUCGCCAGCAGUCGUCGUACAGGGUGGACCAGGACUUUGAGAAACCCAGUGCGCCUCAGAAACCGCUUCCUGCGGACCCACUGGGGAGGAGCUCUCGACGGGGCAACAGCUUCACAGCAGCACGGGUCCACAUCCCGGGAACCGGCCCCCUCCCCGUGCCCACCCCCACCGUGCCCAGGCCUCCUCCCACCAUCCCUUUACCCAACAGGCCUGUGCCGAUGUUGCCCUACAGACCGCCCAAAGCUCCAAAGGACAGCUGAGCUUGCGACGUCGUGGACGAGUAGAUCUCACACCGACAGACUGUAUUUGCACUAGUUACUGGGACUCUGUAAGGCCUUUUGGACAGUAUCGCAGAGUUUCUGGGGGAAGGUGGCUGACAUCACACCGCGGUGCUACGUUUCUAAAAGGUGCUUUGUUGUCCUCACUCAGGUACCAAUGAACUAUUUAUCUAUUUAUUAUUUAACCGCGAUAUUACCGGUUUGUGCACAGGACUCUCAUCCAGAGGGAUUUUCUUUCCCACACAGACUUGUCACGAAAGAAAGAAAACAAAUAUUUCUUUUGCUUCUUUGCUGAUUUUUACACUUUUCCUCUGAAAUGAAAUGCUGAAAUAUAGGAUGUUUUUAUAACCAGUUAUGUUGCUUGAAUAUUUGAAGAGCCAAGCGGGUUUGUUCUGGAGCUAACGUGAAGAUAAAGGAAAAUGGAGCACAACUCGUCACAUUAUCACUGUGGCUGGUAUUUCAGUACCAAAUACAUCAUUUCUAUCCAUGUUGACACGGUGCUUAAAAAAAGGUUAAUUCAAAUCUGAAUUUUCUCCAAAUAAAACCCUCACACUACGUUUUUAUGGUGGGAUUGAUUUGAUCAGCUCAUUUUACUGCUCUUUACGGGGUCUCUUCUGUUACCUUAUAAAUUCAGGGUUAGGGGUUUAGGGGGUUUGCACCGAAGUACUUAAUAGGAAAAGCGCUUUUCGCCCAUUUCCGUCCGGCUCUGACACACAGCUCGGGACAUCGCUCCACACUCCGGAUUCUGGCAGACCAUCUCGACAGAAUUGACGGGCUGAUUGUUGUUCCAGAAGAAUGACGUCAACAGCCGAUAUUAGCUCGACAUUUACUCUGCUGUUUGUGUGCUUAACGCUCUCGCUCGCUGUGUCCUCGGGUGUUCCAGCCAAGCAGGAUGACUUCAACAACAACGCGUCCAACACUUUUAGAGCGUUCCAUCUCGAUUUGAUACUCUUGAACUCUGAGAUUAUUCAUGCAUUCAGAGCUUGGCAUUGCUCCUCCAGUUAGGAGAUGUCCUUAAUGUGAUUUGUUGUACGAGGAGGGAUUCGGCUGGUCAAAGCAUUUCAGCGUUCAGCGUGGGAUUUUUUUUUUUCUCUCCAUGUCACGGGUUCUCUUUGGAGGACGCUUUUUGUAGUUGAAGUGUUUUGGAAUGCAGCGUACAUCGCAGAGUGACGGAAGUCGGUAAAUCGCUCACGUGUACCGAAGCGAUGCUUCUCCUGUUUGUGUUUGUGAGUGCUGUUUGUAGCCGUUAAAUGUUUAUUCCAUUUGUAAAAGAAUCUUAAAUGUGCUGUGUUUUAAUUACGUCGGUGUGCCCUGUUUAAACCAUUGUAAAGAGUCAAUAUUGUAUGUUAUCAUUUUAUUAUUUUUUUUCAAAGCACAGUAAUAUAAGAAGUGCUUUGAGGUUGUGCCCCAUUGGAUCGCUGGGUGAUGAAGACAUGACUUUGAAGAGUUGGACCUGUAACUUGUGAGCCAGGGACGAAUGUUUUGGGUUAACAUUUUAAAUGAGAGAUUUUAUUGAUGAACUCGGAGCCAAAUAAAAAUCCCUUUACGGCUGUUUAUAA